AUGGCUUUACUCUGUCCUGAAUUGCCGCUUACGUACGGAACUUUUAUCUACCUGCUCCUCCAACACUUCCGCAAAAUCUGCGUCUUUUUCUUUUUUUUAUUGCCACCCUUCUUAAUUUCUUUCUUUGAUCUUAGCGUUAUUUUGAUUGUUUCUUUCUUUCUUCUAUUUCUUGGGUGUGUCUUUUUACUUUUCUUUUUUAGUAUCCAUCUUCUUUCUUUUUUCUAUUUUUCUUUUCCACAGUCAUUUCUUUUAUUAAUUUCACGCUUCAUUCUUUCUUUUUUUCUUUCUUUCUACUUUUUGUUUUCUAUUUCUUUUUUUCUCUCUCUCUUUCUUUAUCUCCUUCUUUGUUUCUUCUUUAUUGAUUACUUAAUUUCUUGUACCGACAUAUUUUCAUUUUUCUUUUCCUCAUUUAUUUAUUUCAUAAUCAAUGAUUUAUUGUUUCAUCUAUCUAUCUAUCUAUCUAUCUAUCUAUCUAUCUAUCUAUUGUCUUCUUCGUCUCUAUUUUUUUGUUUUCUUCUUAUUAUUCCUCAUUUCGUUUCUUGUUUGGUAGCUUUCUGUUAUCUUUCUUUCUUUCCAUCUUUCUUUCUUUCUUUCUUUCCUUCUUUCUUUCUUUCUUUCUUUCUUUCUUGCUGA